AUCACUAUGAGUGAACCGUUGAGGUACCCACAAGACACCUGAUGGCCGGCGGAUGAGUCGAGGCUGGAGAAAACUGGUGCACGGUCUGAGAUUUGAGGGUCUCAAGCUGGUGAGACGCCUCAUGGAAGGCCGUGAGAGGGCCAUGCUCUGUAUCGAAAGUCGAAAAUUGCAACUUGUGCACACCAGAACUUGGGCCAAUUCACUACCAAAUUCACUGGCAGCAGUCUCAUGGGGGGAGCUUCAGAGCUGCGAGCCUGCCGACAGCCGGCAGGCAACGGCAGGCAACGGCAGGCCCCACUCUUGCUCGGCUGAUGUUUGGCCCGAGCACUCUGUGGUGGGCCCCUCUGGCAGAGCUGGCUGCGACCUACAAAAGUUUUGCGGCUCAAUCCAUUUUGGAAUUUUCCUCUUUUCUUCUUCAUGACCCUCUCAUUCAAUACAAAAUGAUGAAAGCCAGCGUGUUCCACAUGAUAAAGCUUCCGCUUCUUCAAACUUCCAAACUCCCCCCUCACGGGGCUUAGGUGGUUUGGUUGGGAGAUGGAGUUGGAAUUAUGAAAUAAGCGUUCGGCACACCGACCUUGUUACUUAUCGGACGCAAUAACGGCAUCUCUGAUUACACUGAAUGAGAAGGGUUUGACUCUGGGGCUUUGUGUCUGGUCGUUUUUGCGACCUUUUGUAUCGCUGAAGGCAUCCUCGAUGGGCAUAGGGUUGCAUUCACGACGGGGCCAGUCACCAAGUUAAGGUGCUUGGAGACUCUGCCUGGUGGUGUACUGUCACUUGAUGUUUGGAGAUGAUGCCCUCGGCGACAAGUUUUUUGCGAGUAGGUUGGUCGCGGACACGAGCGGAACCGUAUCUUGAGAAUGUUGACUGGGACAAGUGUUCCACAUCGUCUUCAUGUUCGGAUACGCCUGUAGCACUAGUUUACCUGUCAACAAUAUCACGUUUGGAUGAAUGAACACAAAUAUAAUGCACAUGUCUCGGAUACAUGAAAUCAAGCGGGAACCCGCAAAGGCGGCCCCUCGAUUUCCGUCCCGUUGACCCAUGUCACUGGGAGAGACCCGCCUACCCGACUGCCCAUCCACACGGCAGCACGGCAGCACGGCAGGUUCCUUUUGACGUGGGUUUCCCAGUUACAAUUGCUGUCCUGCAUUGCAGAGAGUAUCAACCUAUCAACCUAUCAACUUCGCCCGCAGACCGUUCCCAGCUUGCCCGUCUUGCGGCCCCUAAUGCACGCUUAGGUCACCUCACCUCGCCGCCUAGGAACCGUUGACUGUCCGCUGCCCGACCUGCCCCAUCUCACCAUCAUCCCCCAGGCCAUCUCCGCUAUCACUGGACACCCGCUCCAAGUCCCUGUCGCGAGCCAUCACACGCCAUCAACACAGUGAGCUUGGAGGGUGCUUUUUGCAGCAGCGUAGCCCCGUGCCAGCUCGACAACAUCCCCAUCUCCAGCAGCCAUGGCGAGCUCCUUUGAAAAGUCCGUCAAGGGCGCGACCAAGAUCAAGGCCGCGCCUCCGAAAACAAAAUACAUCGAGCACAUUCUAGUUGCGACACAUUCGGGCGAGGCGGGCGUGGGCGAGGUAUUCCGGGCGCUCCACCACCGGUUGCGCGACUCAACAUGGACCGUCGUCUUCAAGAGUUUGAUCACUGUCCACCUCAUGAUCCGCGAGGGCUCGGCAGAUGUCACCCUGGCGUAUCUUGCGAAACACCGGAACAUGAUUGCUAUCAGCAUGUUUUCUGAUGCGCAAACUCAGGGGCGAAACAUACGACAUUACCACAGUUAUCUUGCAGAAAGAGCGCGAGCGUAUCGAGAAACAAAGGUCGACUGGGUGCGGUCAAAGGAUUCGAGGCUGGAGAAACUGUCCAUCGACAAGGGUUUGCUUCGGGAGACGGAAAUUGUUCAGCACCAACUCACGGCCUUGCUGAAAUGCGACGUGAUGGAGAAUGAGCCUGAAAAUGAAAUCACCAUCACUGUGUUUCGGCUCCUUGUCCUGGACUUGCUGGCUCUUUUCCAAGCCCUGAACCAGGGACUGAUCAACAUCCUCGGUCACUUCUUCGAGCUGUCCAAGACUGAUGCCGAAAGAGCUAUGGAUAUCUACCGGACAUUUACCAGGCAGACUGACUACGUUGUACAGUAUCUCAGCACGGCCAGACAGUAUGAGCAUCACACCAGGGUGGAGGUUCCUAAGCUGAAGCACGCCCCUGUUAAUCUCGGGCGCCAGCUCGAGGAGUAUCUGAAGGAUCCCGAUUUUGAGAUUCACCGGAGGCAGUACCUGGCUGAGCUUGAGGCCAAAAAGUCAUCCAAGGGCGGGUCAUCAGGAGCUUCGAAGUUGCCCAAAUUUGAUGCCUUUGAGACCAAAGCAUCAUCCAGCACAAGCGCACCUGCUUCUCAGCCAGCCCAGACUUCUCAGGCUGCGGCACCAGCAAAGGGACCCGACGUCAAUCUGAUCGACUUCUUUGAGUCCAUUGAACAAAACCAGACGACACUGGCUGUCCAAGGCCAGACGCAGCAGGCACAGGCACAACCUCAGUUACAACAACAACAACAACAACAACAACAACAACAACAAACGCAGAUGCAGAUGGGCAUGUCUCCUUGGGGCCCUGCCCCAUUCCAACCUCAACAACCUCUUCAGCAGCAACAGCAAUUUCCCCAGAACGGAUUUGUCGCCUCUCCUGUUCACCAGUUCCAGACGGGUGUUCCCUUCCAACAGCAGGGGCAGCCAGCAUUUUCGCCACAGCAAACUGCGCAGCCAGUACAGCAGGCCUUUACUGGCGUCGGCUUCGGCGGGUUCUCUCCGCAACCCCAGGUUGGCUUCCAGCCUGGUUCUCUCGCCCCGAUACAGCAGGAUACCGUCGCGAAUUUCCAGACAGGCGCGCCCACUUUCCAAGGAGGCCUUCAGGCGCCUCAACAAAACACCAACCCUUUCCGCCAGUCCAUGCUCAUGAACCAACAACAAACAGGCUCACCCUUUGCGCAGCAGCAACCUGUUCAGGAGGUCGCUUCUCCUCAGCAACGCCCCAUGACAAGCCAGUCUACCAACCCCUUUGCUCGCUCCUCACCGCAAGGGACACAGCCAUUUGCUGCACCAACGUCCAACUCACCUUUCCAAUCCCAGGCGCCACAGCAGCCCACUCAACAACAAAUGCAGCCCAUGCCGACGGGCACGAACCCGUUCGCCAAGAACUUUGGACAGGCUCAGCAAGCGCAGCCUACUCAGCAGCAACAGCGACCUGUCACUGCAGGGGGAAUAUUGUCCCAGCCGACGGGGACGAAUCCGUUUAGGCAGGGAGCCUUUGUGAAUCAUCAGACGGGACUGGGGUGGCAGCAUAACCAGCAGGCUAUUGGGGGUGGGUUGGAUCAAGUUGAGACUGUGCCUGUGUUUCCUAGGCCGGCGGCUCAGACGCCGUGGCAGCAGCAGUGA